GGCGCGGGAGGGAAAGCAGGUGAGAGAGGGGUUUUCGCUUAUCUGACAUUACGCAAGCGGCGACGGGCCCGUCGCGAACACCUGAGAGGGCAGGCUACACAUAGUUUCGGAUUCCACGGGCGUGCGGCUGCGACAUCGUGGCAACUGAAUUCAUCGGAACCACGGGUUCGCGGAUGUCGGAUGGCGAAGCCAGUCAAUGUCGCAGCACCAAGGAGAGACGACAUUUGUUUCUUCACGGAGGGCAGGCACGCCGACGUUGAGUUCCUGGUGGAGCAUGGCUCCGACCCACCCAAGAGCUUCAAGGCCCACAAGAUGGUUCUUGCCAUGCGCAACGAGGUCUUCGAAACCAUGUUCUACGGAAGUCUGCCCGAGAAGAACCAAGUUCGCGUCACCGACUUGCAUCCGGAUGGAUUUUCUGCUUUCCUCAAGUACCUCUACAGCAAGGAAGCCACAUUUGUCAACGUCAAGCAAGCAUUGCACACACGAGCAGCCGCCCAGAAGUACAUGGAGUCGGAGCUCGUGGAAGCCUGCCACAAGUUCAUCAGAAAUUCGAUGCAGUCAACCGACGUUUGCGACGUCUUAGAAUAUGUCGUAAAGAACGGCAACCUCGCAAACUUCGACGACCUUAUCAACAAGUUUCUGAAUAUGAGCGGUUUUCAAGUCCUGGAGUCGAAGGCGUUCAUCGCCGCGUCAAAGGAAACUGUCCUCAGGAUACUUAAGGACCCGCAGCUGAACGUCAAGGAAUACAAUGUUAUCAAGAGUGUCUACGCAUGGGCGAUUGCACGUUGUGGAACAGAAACUGGCAUAGCUUCCCCCACAGCGAUUCAAUCAACCAUGAGGCCGUUCCUGCCAGAGCUUAGGUUCCUGACGUUGUCUCCUCUGGAGUUCGUCGAAGGUCCAAUUACGUGGAACAUCCUGACGGAGUCAGAGGCGCUGGCUGUCCUCAGUAACAUCGUAAAACACGGCUCGAAGGAGUGGCCAGUGGGGUUUUCCACUAACAGGCAAGCCAGGACAGAGGUAACCUUAGGCAGUGGUCAAACAGCGGGGGGGUACUGGAUGCACCCUAGCAAUAUGGCAGUGCCUGUAGCCAGUGCCACAAAGCAGUCGACCACCAAUGUUGCUCGCAGUGUUGGUGUCACCCCGGGUUUUGGGCACUCAAAAGCACCCAGUUCAGUUUAUCCUUUUGGUUAGGUUACGUUACCUUAGGUUAGGUUCACCUGAGCCCUACAAUUUUUUUCCUUCAAUGCGAUCCUCAAACUUCGUUGGGAGAUGGAACUCGUCAUAAACCGACGCCCGCGGGUAAACGAAUCUUUGGUCCUAUUUUGAAAUAUUUCAUUCACCGAUUUUCAGUUUUAGCAAUUUAUUAAUUGUAUUAGUUCCAAUACCUCAAGCAAAAGGCAAAAAUAUAAAUGAAAAAAAAAAACGUUUGUGCGUGUGUUCUCCCGGCAGUGUUGCCAGAUGGAAAACAUCAGUCAGUAGAUUGACCUCCUACAUAUCAGUAGGUCACCCAACAGUCAAUAAAUUCUAAAAAAAAAAAAACUUUUUGCAUUCCUGACCGCCCUUAAGAGAUAAUAAACAUAAUAAAUAAUAUACUAAGACAUGAAAA